AUGGAGGGUGGGCCUUUACAUUCAUCCGAGGAGACAAACAUCGCGGGGUAUGACACGGGGAUGGAUUCACACCCUUCGAUGGGUUCUGACCUCCCCGUGACGAGCUCCGUUGCCCGCGCGCAGGCGCAUCUUCUCCUUCGCGCGUUUGCGAAGGCCUUGCCUGGUGAAGGUAAAGCUGGAACGGAUAGCGGGGAUGGAGGCGCUCACGUCAAUUCUGGCGCCGCGGAUGAUUGGAGUCGUGGCGAGGAUCUUCCUUUUCAUCACCGCGCACACGGCGGCCGGCGGACCUACGCCGAGGAAAAAGCUGAACGAGAGCGCCGGAAGCGGGAUCGACAGAGCGAUGUGUUUGAGGGAAUUAAAACUUAUCAAAAAGGUCGUCGGUCCUACUCCAACUUUUCCGAAGGGAAUGGUUUCGCGGCGUUGACGGGGGCUGCCCCUGCCGGAGGGGGGGUGGACGUUUUAGCGCUGCGGUGGCCCCUGGAGAAGGGCGUCGCGCAGGAUUGGCAAAACCAUCUCCGCGCGGGAUUAACUUUACUCCCACCCGAGCAUGCUCCCCUCCCACUUUUUAUGGAUGGGGGUAUGCCCUCCGAGCACCGCACACUGGAGGGGGGAGACUCUUCUACUUUUUUUCCUGCUUCGUUAGGCAAAGGCGGCGAGGCUGGAAUAUCCGAUCAACCAUUUUUUUCUCCUCCUUUCGCGUCGGUAGGGGCCGGUGCUGAUUCGCGCGACGAUUUACCUCUUUUUUGGGAAGAUGACACGCACAUGAUGGAGGAGGAGGACGAAGCACUCUGUCGGGAAGCGGCUGGGGGGCCCCUUCCUCCAUCCCCAUUACGAUCCGUAUUACCAUCCCCCUUAACCCUGGUCGUUCCUUCUAUGAAUCCACAAGGGGAACGCGAGGGUUCCGGUUCGAGGUUGGGUAUUUCGGGUAAACUUCACGAUGGGGCGAUGGGCUUGGAUGGCCACCCUGCCGGUUCGUUCGGCGGCAUCGCCUCGACUUUUUUCCCAACGCAGCCGCACCGUGAGUUUUCAUCACUGGGCUGCCCUCAGCUUAUCGGUAGCCCUGAGGACGACAUCCUUCCACCUCCGCCCGGGGGGAUCUUUACAUUUCCGGAUCAUAGCGUGUGUGGUGAAGGUUCUUUCCCCGCGAUUGCUCCGGAGCCGCGAUUAAAAUCCUCCAUGGCGGCUCCUUUCAUUUAUCCAGCCUGCGUCUCGACGGACUGGGGGCUGCGUCCUGUCAAGGAAGAUAAGCUUUUCUACGAUGAUCGCAUGCAUGCACCCCUCUCUGGACAACGAUUUCCUGGCGAGCUGAUCUCCUUAUUUAGUGAUCCCUCUAUUGUUCAGAUACCACCUAAGCUCGCACCACCAGAUGACUUUCUUGAAGCCCCUUCGCUUUCUUGGCAUUGUUCUUUGCAUUCUAACCCGCAUUUUUCACUUUUCAAUCCUGCAUCUCCUCCUGCUGGACGGUACAAGGGCGAGGUGGGAGCUAAGUUAGUUCAGGAGCCAACGGCGAAUUUAUUGCGUAGCUGGCGUCCUCCUGUUGAGGCCUCACCUCGUGAGGUUUUGCGGCCUUCACGCGCGCGGCUUUCUUCUUCCUCUUCGAGUGCUUAUGGCCCUGGUAGGGGUGGGGAUCCACGCGCUUUUACAGCGUCGUUUGAGCGAUCAGCUCCACCUAUUAUUCACUCAAUACCAGGAGUGGUUCGAACGGCGUGGGGGGGCCGAAACGAAACGAACACCGUACCAAGUGGGUUCCGACCUUCGGGAAAGCACCCAGCCUCUCGCCGUCAACAGUUCCUGGAUCGUUGCCAAAGACCGGGUUAA